GUGCUAUCAGUAUGCUUUCUUCCCUUGAUCAGAAGGUACCGGAAUCACCGUCGAUGAGCACGGCCAGAGGUCUUUCCUAACUCUGACAAACUACGGACAAGGAGAAAUACAACAUUAGCAGACCUGGAAAAGUUUCAGCAAGUCACGAUAACGACUCGAUUUCGCUAUUUUUUUUAAAAAGAUUUUUCGCCUUUGUGUCAGGACAUAGAAAAUAUCCAGUAGUUCUACCAGGAUAAAAUGUGGCAACUGUGAUAUGCAAAUUGCUGUCUCGGACUUCCUCUUAAGGAUCUGAUUAAAACCUUACUUUCUGAAAAUGCUUGGAAAAAGAAGAGUUCAACAGUAUUUAUGGGACGUUGUGUUUACAAUGGUUUGUUUGCUGAUACGGUGGGGAAAUAUGGCUGCGACGCAGUAUAGCUGUGUCCCUGGCAACGUCAUCAUUGGUCAGCGUCUCGAGGGAUGCACAUUUACGAUUCUAUAUAUGAUGGGACCCAAACAAUGUGCGAAAGAUUGUUUCUCUAGACCUAGCUGCAUGUCCUUCAACUACCACACCAACCUGACGUGUGAACUCAAUAGAUGUUCGGACAACGAUCAGCCGGGGUCACUUAGUCACCAUGAAGGGUACUCUUACAGCAGUAUUGACACGUGGACAGGGGUUUCUGGAAACUGCACGAGGUCCACAUGCUCUGCGGGUCAGAAAUGUUUCGAACUAACAUCAACGACGGCAUGUAUUUAUACAGAAUGUAUGGAUAGUGCUGUGUUAGGAGUGGAACUUCCGAUGGAACAACGAGUUGUUGGAGAGUCAUUUCCGGCCGUUUGCGAAACCGGCUACGAAGCAAGAGGGGAGGGUGCCAAUAUCACGUGCAUGGGAAACGGUCGAUGGGCAAUCUCAUCUAGCUACUGCCACAGGAUAUACUCCUCUGGGUGGAUGUUGCUGGCCCGAUUUGGGAGUGGAAAUGGUGAAUCGGUAUAUAACACAUGGACAGAGGCUGGACGAGAUGACAACAGUAAUGAAAAUAUACCAAAUGAAUGUAAAGACGUCAAUACUUCGAAUACCUGUACACGUCACUUCCGGAGUGGACUUGUUGACGAUUGGACUGCACUUAACCCCACGGAGGCGAAGUUUUCUCUGUAUAUCGCUGGUAUCGAGGAAGUCUAUGUUACAUUCAAUGCAACGGAUACAGAUUCCAUCACGUGGUUUGCACAGGAGAGGAUUCUUUCCACUUCUUUUACAGAUUUAAAAACCAACUCCACGAGUAACUUUUUUUCUAUAUCAGGUGCUAAUACAUACCGUCGAUUUUAUAUCAACAAGAGUUAUGGCGGCUGUAAUAAUGACCAGGGCUGGAUUCGGGUCAUAGAUGGAACAGGAGUUUGUUUCUAUGAAAACGCUGUUGCUGAACCUUCAUUCGUUUUCUCAAGGAACAACCAAAGUGGCGUGGCAGGAAUAGAUUCCCUUACCGCAGAUGUGCUCGCAAUCUUUGUGAAGGUCUAGGUAAUCUUUUAUUGGCCAGCAAACUACGUGAGGAUAGACGAUUAUGUGUGUUAAUUUACCAGCCAUCCAACUCUCGUGAAGUUACUACCCUUGCCACUCGUGUGGAAGCAACAGAUUAUGUGUGUAUAUUAACUAGUCAGUCAACUACGUGAAGAUAAACCCUUGUCGUCAGUGCCGAAAUGACCAAUUAUCUGUGUACAUUAACUAACCAGUUAGCUACAUGUACGUUAAGAUAAACCCUUGUCGUCAGUACCGAAUCUAAAGCCUCACAAGGAUCUAACCUUCUGGUGACAUUCCGUUAUGUGUGUAUUCUACAUUACAAGUGACAGUAGUGAAGAGUUUGUUUUCGAUAUUGACAAUGUAAAGCUAAUAACAUUUAAACGUCCUCAAUUUAGUAAAAUAGCAGCAUGCUUAAUUGAUUUCAGCUGAUCUUGAUCAAAAUGACUCCUUAAGUGUCAUCUAAAUAGAAAAACGGUUAGGACUGUAAAUUCCUAAUACCGGCCCAAAUGUCAGAGAAAUAAUAAAAUCUUAGAAAAAACCA